AUGAGGAAAUUUGAGCUCAUGGAGUUCGCUGCGAGGCAAUGGGCUUUGCCGGUUGAAAUUUAUGGCCUCUCAAGUCUGAAGUACGACGAUCCGAGAUUGUACACAUUUGCUAAUAUGAUCUAUUCCGGAAUAUAUCAAGUCGGCUGCGAUUACAAGCAGUGCUCUGACUGGUACGGAAGAGCGGAAGGGGUCGUGUUCGUGUGCGUCUAUAACGCCGAGGUUCCCAAAGGUGCAAAGCUUUACGAAGUAGGAAUGGGAGAGGGCUGUGAGCCCUCUGACUGUGUCCUCACUCCGAACUCAGUGUGCCUCGACCUGCUUUGUGACUCCUCCUCGAGAGCCAUUUUCAUUUUUGUGAUACUUCCAGUUCAGCCUGAUGAUUAUACGCGUUUCUAG